AUGCCAACGCCCAUAUUGAAGAAGUCGUCAGAGGCUACUGCCAAGGAGGAGAGAGACCGACCCAUACCACCAGAAUGUGUCAGAUGUGAUGUGUGCAUGCGGGGGUUCCUCCCAGAAAGAAUCGAUAAACAUCGCGAGGCUUGUAGGAGAAUGGAGUCAAGGCCGAGGAAAGUUUUCAAUGCGACCGCAAUGCGAACCGCUGGAACCGAGCAGGAGACAUACAUCAAACGGGGAGCCCAUCAACGGGAGGUUCAGGUGAAGAAAUCGAACUGGCGUGCAAAGCAUGAAGAUUUUCUCAACACUGUCCGAGAAGCUAAAAAAGUUCAAGAUCAUUUAGCUCGAGGUGGCAAGCUCUCAGAUCUGCCUCCGCCGCGUCCAUCUGAGAAUCCUGAUUACGUGCAAUGUCCACAUUGCGGUCGGAAGUUUGAUGAAAGCGUCGCCGAGCGCCAUAUACCGAAGUGCGCAAACAUUUUGUCGAACAAGAAGAAAACUGCGCCGAAUACGAAGAAACGAUGA